AUGGCUCAGCUGCCCAAAUUCUCAUGGCAGUCAACAGGUGAAAGCCACGCAAGGGUUGUCGUGAUUUGUAUACCCUCCAUUCAGUUUUUCUCAUUUCAAAACGUGCUUAGAUUAGUUAUUACUCUUUAUCCGACAGCGAUUCUUGUUACUUGGAUAUCUCAAUACGUCAGUCCGUGCUGUCAACUAGAGCUGCCUCUUUGCUGCCUUCAAGAACUUUUGAACAAAGCGGUCGCCCACCUUAAGAAAACAAAUCGAGUCUUGCAUUUGUGUCUCAUGCCUAUUUGGACAAAAGCUGGAAACUACGACGAGAAAAACCUAGGAAAGCUUUCCAGAAUCUCUUUUGACCAUGAGCUUCUUUCCUACUCCUACACUGCCAAAAGAGACAUUCCCAACUAUUCAAAUGAAUAUAUCGACCUCCCUCUAAACUCUUCGUCUUCGGCCAUAUGUGCAAUUUGUUAUUCUUAUAUCAUCUUCUAUGUGUGGAAGAUGAAUCAUCUAUACCAGAGUGACCAUACUGGCAAUGGACGACGAAUUAAGGAAUAUAGAUAUGCCUUGCAAUUUUGUGCAAUAUCUAUGUUUUAUUUGGGUGCAUGGGUCACCUUUCGUGUGUUCCCCAUAUUAAUUGGGGCCAAUGGAGUGGAAUAUUUCGUUGUUAUCUCAGCUUGUGUGACCAUAAAUGCAUCAGCGAAUGCAGUGGUUUAUAUUACAUCAAAUCCAGAGGUUCGCGGGGUUCUUUCAAACGCAAAGAUCAGCACAAUGGUUCUUGCCAGUUAGUC